UCUUUUUUCUGGCCAAUGUGAUUAUCUACAGAGCGCGAGGUCAAAAAGGCUACCAGAGACCUAAAUCAACUGCUAAGCACUAUCGAGUCUCCAAUGACCCGUCUUGAGACUGUGCACAAGAAAUAUACGGAACUCCUGGCAGAGAUGAAAAAGCUGGACCGUGACCACAACAAAAGCAAGAAGCGUGCGGACCAGCUGCAGAAAGACCAGGACAAGGGAAAAUCCGAGCUGAACAAGACGGUUACCAUGAAGGAUAAGCUCGAGAAGCUGUGCAGAGAGUUGACCAAGGAGAACAAGAAAGUCAAAGAUGAAAACAAAAGGCUUGAUGAUACCGAAAGACGAGCCCGCGGCAUUGUGAACGAACGCCUGGACUCCUUACUCUUCGACAUCCAGGAUGUGAUGGCAGCUAAGGGAAGCUCCAGAGUGGAAAAUGUCGAUAUCGACCUUGACGAAGCCCUCCGCGCAAAGAUAAAGACCAUUGGAGAACAGUUUGAAUCUCGAGAGCUGCAUUACAAGGCUAUUUUGCGCAGCAAAGACGCUGAAAUCCAAAGUCUUACUGCCAAAUACGAAGAGCAACGACGCAGCGCAGAAAACGAAGCCGCCAGAUGCCGGGCCCUGAGCACGCAGGUUUCGACUUUCUCGCAGACCGAGGCCGAACUUCGCAGCCAGCUUAACAUCUACGUCGAAAAAUUCAAGCAGGUUGAAGAUACCCUUAACAACAGCAACGAACUAUUCCUAACAUUUCGAAAGGAAAUGGAAGACAUGUCAAAGAAGACCAAACGGUUGGAAAAGGAGAAUCUAACCCUGACUCGCAAACAUGACCAGACAAACAGGAACAUCCUUGAAAUGGCCGAGGAACGCACGCGCAACAACGAAGAGCUCGAGAAAUGGCGCAAGAAGAGUAACAGCCUUGAAGCCCUUUGCCGGCGAAUGCAGCAACAAGGCCGGGGCCACGCCGUCGAAGGUGAGCUAGACGUGGACGACGAAGGCACCGAGAGCGAGUAUGAGGAGUACGACGACGAAGACGAGGAAGAUCUUAGUGAAGACGGUGAAUACCACUCUCACGGGGAGGGCGAGCAACCCCAUCACCAUCAGCAUCCAGCAGCAAGCGGAGCUCAGCCGACAAAGCCUGUCUUUGGCCCGCCGCCGCCUCCCACCAUGAUCGAGGCUCGAUCAAAUGGGAAUCUCCCUGUCAUGAAUGGAUACAUGCAUUAA